UUACAAAUUUUAAGUAUAUUUUAUUUACAUUAAGGAUGAACCAAAUUUUAUUUCAAGAUUUUCCGAAAAUUUGCCGUCUUUGUUUGAGUUUCGGAGUCUUUCAGCCUAUUAUAAAAAUAAAAAACUUACAGGUUUUGAAUACUAUAACUAACAUAAAUGUUAAGGAAGAAGAUAAGUUACCGGAAAGUAUAUGUGAUAGCUGCGUUAAACAACUCGAAGACAUUUCUACAUUCAUAACUACUUGUGAAAAGAAUGACCAAACGCUUAGGGAAAUAAUACUACAAGAAUACGAAAAAAGUGUGGCAGAACAGACAGAUUAUUGUGACAAUGACCAUGAUAAUGAACCGUGUGACGAUCCUGAUGAUUUGAAAAAUGAACGGGAUAAUGAUAGCUACUGUGAAUUCAACAUUAAACAAGAAUUUAUUGUAGAGCCAAACUAUGAUGAAACAAAUAAUGUCGAGGGUCCAGUAAGUUGUGCAAAUUGCAGUGAAAAUUUUCCCGACCCGCAAAGUUUAAACGAUCAUUAUAGAGAAAUUGCAAUGUGUCGACCAAAACAGUAUAACGUGGAAACUUCAAGUGUUCCAAAUAUUAUUGAUUAUCUUAAAAGAACCAAAAAAGAAAAAAGAACCAAGAAAAAAAAAGAAGCAUGUGAUGAGGAAGAACCGGAAUUUAUCAAAGGUCGUCAGUUGAAAGGAAAGAGACGAUUCUUAUGUUGUUAUUGUGGUAAAAAUUACACGAGGAAAAACGGUUUGGAUCGCCACAUUUUAAGCCACACUGGAGUGAAGCCCUUCGAGUGUAAAGAGUGCGGCAAACGUUAUAUCACAAAAGACACCUUAAAAACCCACCUAUUGACGCACACCGGCGUUAAAUCGCAUAAAUGUUCGAUUUGUCAAAAAAUGUUCACGCAAUCCAGCCACUUGAGUUAUCACAUGAGGAGGCAUUCGGGGGAGAAGCCCUAUUCAUGCACGUUUUGCGGAAAAGGGUUCUUAUCGAACUACCACCUUGAACGACACAAGUUAAUGCACACGGGGGUAAAACCGUUUGAGUGCAGCCAGUGCGGUAAGCAAUUCGUACGCGGGACCACGUUGCGGGAUCACCUCUUAAUUCACACGGGAGAGAAACCGUUCCAGUGUCAACAUUGCGGGAAACAGUUCAAUAGAAAACAGUCUUUAACGAAUCACGUGUUAGUACACACCGGACAGGUUAGGCAUAACAGUGGUGGUGGGGGAAUCGUACGGCUUCAUAAUAGUGGAUUAGCGGGCAUUUUGGGGCAAAACAACAGAGGUAGUGAUUCGGGAUUAAAUAGUGAGGGCGCAGGACUUUUGGGAGUUACCGGGUCGGCGGGGUUGAACAGUAGUGGAGAUUCGGGAAUUGUAGCUGUAGGAGGCAAUUUAAUGUACAGUGAGCCCAAUCCAGUGAACAGUAGUUAUUGAAUUUUGUUGCACGAAUUAUUGUACAAGUUUGCUUGCCGAUAUUUUCAUAUACGAUAUUUAGUCCCAUGUACAACGUAAAAAAUAACAAAUGACUACCGAAUUAUGAAUUUAAGUACAAUCUACAAAAUAAUAACUUUUUAUAAUUUUAAAAAUUUGCCUCAACAUUAUUUUUUUGAGUUUAACUGAAUGAUGUCAUAUCUUAAAUAUUAUUGCUACUCAGUACCUAUUGUCACAAAGUAUUACUUUACAUCUACUGGUGUAGAUCGCUCUGUGAGAUAUAACCUGCAUUGUUACAUGACACCUACUAGCAUAAAGCAUUACUUUGUAUCUACUGGGAAACAGAGAUACUUUCUGAAUUAUUUUAUUUCGCCUAGUAGGUCAUUCUUGCAGUAGGUACAAACUAAUCUUUUGUGCCAGUAGGCAUUGAAUAGCUAUAACAUUUAAGAUGACAUACCGUAUAGGCUAGAUCUCGCAAAGUGACCUACCUCAGUAGGCAUUAGGCAAAGUAAUAUUUUAUAUCAGUAGAGACUGAGUGGCAAUGGCAUUUAAGGUAUAACAUAUACCGUGUGGGUUAUACAUAUCUUACAAAGGGAUCUACGACAGUAGAUGGUAACAAAGUAAUACUAUGUCGGUUACUGAAGUUUACUUGAUAUUGACAGUGUAACUCAGUGGUGGACAGGGCAUAUAGCCUGCAGAGUAGUUGCUUCCCAAAACAUCAUCAGUUAAAAAUACUUGUUUAUCGUUACCUAGAGAAUUUCUAAAGGUGCACGUAUAUUUACUAAAAACAGGCAGGAAAUCGUUUCUGGAAAUAUCGACUUGCAAUUAAAGAAAUUACUUAUUGUACAUAUUAUUAAGAGAAAUUUUUCAAUAUUCCUUGUUAAUACGUUAAAAUCACUGGAUAGAGUACAUUUUAUUUA